GGCCAGUCGUCCGGACCGCCUGCUGCCGUAAGUACAUUUUUUGUUCCCCCGUGUACCUUACUGUCGUUUCAAAAUGACGGCCGCCGAAAUCCUAUUUCCGGGCACCCUGCACAUGAACGAACUGUCCGUCGUCCGCGUCGACCUCACCGCGCCGCCUUUGAGCCGAAUCGCCGAAGGUACGUAUACUUAAAACAUACCUAUACAGUAUACCUACGUAAUACAAGCAAUACAUCUACGGUAAUAUUAAUGGAAUUGGGAGCGGCGAUUUUCUUCAGUCUUUGUCGCGCGCGCACCAUAACAAUUUAGACGCGUUCUAUUCCCAACGUACUUGAUUGGUCUACGAUACGAAUUCUGAAAACAAAAAUUUUAAUUUCCAAAGAAAUUAAAAUCCUAAAAAAAUGGGACAUACUUCGGAUGAUGGGUGGGCCGCUGUUGUAUAGAUGAAUAGUCGGGAAGGUAGGAUGUAGAGGGGCAUUUAAUUUAUAUCUGUACGCAACUAUAAGCCGUGACUAACUUAAAACGAUUUAGAGCGAAAUUCCUUUUAUACGUGUACGUACAUUUUCCCGUUAUUUCCGAUUAUUAUGAAAUACCGUACUGAAAAUCAAAAAAUGACCCUCUUAAAGUACUACUCAGAUAAAAUUUACAUUCAAAAAAAGGUACUAAACUUGAACAUCGGAGCAAUAUUUCUGGUGAAAAGUUGUUCACAGAUAUAAAAAAUUAAACAAAAAAAUAAACAUAGUAAAACCAAUACAUUCAUCCUCGCCACAUUCCGAAUCUCAAAUCUGUUUUCAUAAUUCUUAUUGCUUCACCAAACCAAUCAGCGUGUUGGAACUCUUCUAAAUUCAUGUGUUGGAAAUGUAUAAAACGAGACGGAAAAACAUCGCGUUCAGUCCUAUAACCUGACGCUUUUGUAGUUUUGCCACUAUAUGUCUCCAUCACUUGUCACCGGGGUCACUUGUCUCGCCUCUAUAACCUUUUAUUAUAUAAAAUAUUACGUGUAUUAAUAUAUAUAUAUAUUCAGCUGAAUGUAAUUUGUAAAUGAAAAAAAUUAAAUUAUCGAUUUUUUAUUGAUAUCUACCGGCUAUUGUAACGUGCUUCGGACGAUCGAACACGAAAAAGUAAAAUACACCGAAAUAUUAGAAUUUGUUGUCGUUAAUUUAUAUAUUGUUUUAUGCGUUUCGAUGCGAAAUGUUUUAGCUUUUGUUUUUUUUAGAUUUUCAAAUUUAAAAUAUAUGUUUAACAAUUAAUUUAAAUUUGUUUUUGUAUAUUUAACUUGACUUUCGGACAUAAUACAAUAAUAAAUACAUUGAAUCAGUGGCGUGCCCGGGAAUUUUCAUUGGGAGGGGAUGCAAUCAAUAAUAAUCAUGAUUUGUGAAUAAAUUGUAGAAUUUUUUUCAGUUAUACCACUUACACCUGACCCGACAAUGAUAAAUUAAAAGUCAGAUGCAACAAAAGCCAAAUUAUAUUCAAUAAAUUGAUUUUUUUUUCUCCUAUAAUUUGACUAAAAUAUAUAAUUACUAAAUAAAAUUCAUAAAUUGGUACUCAUAGUUUUGUAAUUUUAAGCCAACGGGUCAGGAAGAGGGAUAUGACCCUUAACCUCGAUAACCCGCGCUGCAAGUCACUGCAUUAUACAAUAUAUUAUAUUGUUAUGUCACGGUAGCACAAUAAUAAUACAGUGUUUUUUUUUGUUUUUUUUUCAACAUCAACCAGCAAUUUUCACAGAGGAUUUUUAGUUUUUUAUCCCUACUCCUUAAAUAAGUGUGUACUAAAGUUUUUAAAAUAGGAACCCCCCCUUUUUGAAAACAGAUUUGAACAAAGAAUAUUUUUCUAGAAAUUUUGAUUUUCAAAACACUAAUAUGUUAUAACUUUAUAAAGGUAAUAACUAAUAAUAAUAAUCGCAUAUAUUUUUUUGAAUGAUAACUCUUCUCUAUUCCUCCUAAUAUCCUAUUACUAAACUUUAAAUGAUUUUAACUAUCAUAAACGGUUAAUUUAAUGUUAUAGUACUAUGCAUACCAAAAUUUCUAAAACAAAUAUUCUCUAUUUAAAUCUGUGUUCAAAUAAAGGGGUUCCUGUUUGAAAAACAAAAGUAUGGUAUAUUGUAUUUAUAUUUUAAGGUAUAUGGAGUAGGAGUAAGAAUUUAAAAAUUAUUUUAAAAUAAAUCUUAAAUGAUUCCACAAUGAAUAAAAAAAAAAAAAGAAAUAAAAUUCACUUAAAAUCCUCCGAAAUAGGUGCUUGUUCGAAAUAAAAAUAAAUCACUGUAUUCGUGUUGGCAAAAUUGGUAAACAAAUGGAUCGCUAAAUUUUUACAUUCAAAACAAAAUAUCGUGAGACGUUAACUGAUAACUACUGUAGUUAUAAGAGAUACGUGUCGCAAUAUUUACAUUUAGAUUAAUAUUCCAAGAUUUACGAACUAUGUUUGUGUGCGUUGAAAUAUUGUCGUCGGUUAAAUACCAUUUAUCAUUUAAAUCUUUGUAUUUCGAAAUAAUAUAAUCGUUUUCUUCGAGUACCUAUGUACUCACGUCGUUACUGUGUGGCUGUAUGGUCGUUAGACGGCGGCGAACGUCCUCAGGAAAACUCUUCGACAACAGCUUAAUUGCGUUACGUUAACAUAGAUAAUGUAAUUUGAGUAAAAUAACGCGAAAUCGUUAAUAAAUUAUAAUUAAUAAUCAAUACAAUAAUGAUUCAACGGUUCAUAAUUUAAGUAUAUGUAUACUGCAGGCUGUAACAUCAUGUCUGUAAGGUGGUCAGACAUCUAAAAUAACUUGUUUUGCUCGAUAUUUUUAAGUUGUUUUUUCUCGUAAUAAUUAUACUAAAGCUAUGUUUUUCUAUAGAAUAUAGAUUCUAUAUACAAUUUUUUUAAAAACUGAAAAUAAAACAAUUAAAAAAUCCAAGAGGGGAAUUUUAUAAAAAUAUAGUUUGAAACGAAAUAUUAUUACAAAUAUUUACUAAUGAUGGAUGUUAAUUUUCUACAAUUUGUUUACAAGUUUACGAUGAUUUAAAUUUUUUUCAUUAUCACUAAUACUAAAAAUAAUACAAUCAAUUGAUUCGCCAAUUUGUACUUGAAAAAAAUGUUCUUAAAACUUAUCUAGAAACUUAUCUAAUCCUUUAUUUGGUACCUAUUCGGCAAGGUACACUGCCACGCUAGAGAUUUAGAAUGUCCUUGCGUCACUAUCGCGUAUUUAUUGACGUAAAUAUUAAAUCGAUUAAUUGACAAUUGAUGAGACGAUAACAAAUGUCGUAAAUAGAGAAUCGUACUUACGUAUAAACGUGCCUUAAUUAAUUUCAGCCAUAUUACCGGAAUUGUCGAAGAAUUUUGAACGGGCGAGUGCCGAAGUGGUUCAAUGUCCAAAUUUGACUUUAUCGCCAUUCAAUUUGUUUUCAGAAGGUAAUUAAUUACAAUACUCUAGCGUUAUUAAGAACUAUAAUGAAAAUAAAUUUGUGCGAGAACGGUAUGAGGGAUCGGGUCAAGUGAAAGUUUAAGACGAGAGUGGCCGACCUCGAAUAGUCGGGAUGAAGGCGAAGUAAAAGAAGAAGAUACUUUAGGUAUAGGUUUAGUAUUAUGCCUUUAUGCCUGCAUUAUAUACUCAUAAUAUUUUAUAAUCACAGUGUGCUUGCAUCUAUGCGUUUUGUAUGACAUAGUAAUGAUUAGUGAUGGCGAAUUUGUAACAUUUUUUUCUGCGGGAGUGGGUUCUAAAAAAUGUUUGAAAUAUAAUUUGUAAAUUUGCGAUAACUGCAGAUAAUUAUACGAAUAGUUAAUAUAAUAUAAAUCGAUGGGAAAUGAUGCGAAGUGAGUUUAUUAGUGAUGCUCGUUAAACGAUCAAGCUUUUGAAACUUUUUUAUCGCUACCUCGCCGUUAUUUUACGAAUGUUAACCAAGUGAAGUGUUUACAAACCAAGUGUUUGUAAUAAUUAUUUAACAAUAACUAUUUGACUACAAUAUUAUAUAUAAUCAAAAAUAUAUCAGUAUUACUACUACAGGAUUAAGUGGUGACGAAAACGUAUUCGACAUCGGCGAUCUUGUCAAUGUAGUGCCCGCAAUGAAAAGAGAAAAAAUAUACGACAUGAAGGAUUUAAAAAAGAUCAUCGCUUCCGAUCCGUUACAUGUCAUCGGACCAUGUGCCGGACCUUAUCCUUCAAUCGGAGUGGACAGCGAAGCGAGUAUUAUAAUAAUAUUGUUAAAUUAAAAAUUAAAAACAAUAAAUAAAAUCAGUUACGCCGCGGUGUGCCGUAAAUAUUUGCAGUUUUCAAUAAAAGAAUUUUCCCCGAUUUUUCCGAACUAUUAUGAAAACCCCUUAAAAAAUGUUUACAUAUACAUACCUACCAACUAAAUAUUGAAAUUAUUUAUAAAACUGUAGGUUAUAUAUGUAUACAGGCUGUUCCGCGGAGAUAUACCCCUUAAAUAUCUCCGGAGAUAAUAAAGACAAUUUACUCACUGGGAUGAGAACUACAAAUAUUUAUAUUUGAAUUAAAUUUUUUUUUUUUUUUUCAGUAAAAAAAAAUAACUCAUUAAUUCUGAAGAGUUUAUUUUUCUGAAAAUUUUCAUUCACAUAUAUUCACACAUAUUUUGUAUCCGAUGAAUAGUUUCUAAGUAACAGCCGUUUUAAAUUCUACUAACCGUGUGAAUACCGAUGUUAUCUAGGGAACAACCUAACCGCAUUAAGCGAUAACGUCAGUUUUCACACGGAUUAAUAGAAAUUUAAAACGGCCGUUACUUAAAAACUACUCAUCGGAUAUACAUGUGUGAUCCAUUAAAAAUUUCAAGAUAAUAAACUCUACAGAAUGGCUAUCUUAAAAUUUUCCGAAAAUAAUAAAAUAAAUAUUUGUAGUCUUCAUCCCUGCGAUGUCUUCGUGGAACAGUCUAUAUGUAUAAUAUGUAUGUAUAUGCAGUGCAAAUAUAUUAAUUUUGUAUUAUUAUAGAACGUCGUAAGAGUGAAAAUGACUGCUGCAGGUGAUUGUAUUGAAAACCGUUCGAAAACUUUUACGAUGAACGAGUCUACCGGAGAGUGUGUCCACGUGUCUAUGCCCGACGAUGAAACGAGAUUUUCUCUUAUGGCCAAUUUUUUUACUUGUAACGGUCAAACAGGAAAGGUACACAAAAUCGUAUUGUUACUGUAUGCAUCACUCUUAUUUAGAUUUGAUAUCAGAUUAAUUAUAAUAGGUAACAUAAAUAAUUUACCUACCGUGUGUAAAUUGACCAAAAAUACGUGUUUCGGUAGGUUUUGAAAAUUGUAUGCGAAGUGAGAAAAGGUCCGUUGAGUUUUACCGCGUGCGUACAAGAAGCAUUGGCGAAAAGUUUCGGUUCCGAGAUAAUUGGUAACUCGAAUACAUUAAUAAUAAUGAUUAGAUUUAAUCAUCAACUGUUAAAUACCUAAAUAGGUACGUUUUUGAAGGUCGUAUAGUAAUAUUACUAUAUUAUUAUUAUAUUUGCAUGUAGCGUUGGGUGGAGUAAUGUUCGUGGAAAAAGGAAAAGCCAAAGUCCACGUGUUCAAGCCGAACCUGGCGAAAAAACCAUUACAAUCGGAACAAGACUUUGAAAAAAUUAUGAUACAUUUUAUCGAAGUAACUCCUCCGUCUGUGGGUCUCGGAUGUAUCGUAUCUUACGACCCAGUAAUUUCAUUUUUAUCAUAUUUUUUCUUAUUAUAGAAACUCAAUCAUAAAAUUCUUUACAGGCGAGAGUAGGUAUCGCAUUAUCGGAUUCACGAUUAAUUUGCCCUAAUAAUCUCUUGCUCCCCUUUGGAUCCACGUCUCACUCAGUAUAGGUAUGCUCUUCAACCGUUAAAACAAUGAUACUUUAUGUUCGAUUUUAGGGUUUGAAUUUGAGGCCUCACCAUUUUCACAUGUACACUGAUCACAACAACCAAGGAGGACACUAUCACAAUGACACGGAACCGGAAACCAUAAAAUACACCGGAUAUUUCAGCGUUGCUAAAAAUUUGUUCAAAGUGGACCAAACCCACUGUGAUGCGUAGAAACGAACCACAUCUUGCAACUGAAAUUUUAAAAAACCGGCCUAGUGGAAUCAAAUACCACACACAACAUAACCAUUUAUUAUUAUUAUUAUCAAUAUUUAUUUAUUAAUACCAACGGUGCAAUUAAGUUACAAGAAUAUAUGGUAGAACAAUUACAAAUAUAGAAUACCUGUUAUUGAUACAGCGGGAACACGUAAAAGAAAAAGUGUGGCUAAAACCAACAAUUUGACAUAUUAUAAUAAAUUACGAAGUAUGCGGUGAAUAGGAUAAUAAUUACUGUUAUAAGCAGUGAAAUGGAAAGGCACAUAAAACAGCAUGCAAUGUUUGGUUGGGUAGGUAACUAACAUUUACGACUACAAAUAAAGAUACAAUGCCGACAUGAAUAUUUACAUCCCCAUUUUAUAAUUUAUUAAUACUACCGUAACGCUAUUUAAGUACAUGCUAUGAGUAGCCGCCAAGCUAUAUGUUAAAUUAUUUGUAUUAAAUUAUCGCACUUCGUCAAAUACAAACAAUUAUAAACAAUUUCUAAUAUCUAUACUAAUGAAUUUAAGAAAUUACUUAUUAGCGCUUUUUUGAUAUCGCAACUUUUCUAACUUGAGUUUUUUUUCUCUUAGCGAGGUUUCUACACGUAGUUAACGGAGGGUUUUUGUUGGGAUAUCAGUCAUUUUUUUAUUAAAAUUUGGAUACAAUUAAUCUAAGUUUUUUUUUUUUCAACGAAUGAAAAAUUAUGGAAACAAGAUAUCUUUGUUGUUUUAUGGAUUGAGUAAAUGAAUAUAUGAUGUAUGGCUAUCAAUAUAGCUUAAGAAUGUUGCUGGAAACGCUAGUAGUACUAUAUUACAGCAAUAAAAAAAUUGUUUUUAUUUGCCGCGAACAGCUACCGUCGCAAACAGGUGGUAACAACGCGUACAUAAUAUACAUUUUUGAAUUGUUGAAAAAAAUUGCGUUUCCAGUAAAAACUAUGCUAAUACGUUUGCGUAUUAGUCAGACUGUUAUCAUCCGAUCAACUUGAAAUUUAAAAAGUAUCAUCUAAAUAAAAUAUUGAUCAAUCUGUGUAAAUUUCAAAACGAUCAGUCCAUUAGUUUAGGCUACAGAGAGGUCGGAUCAUUUUCCAUAAAAUUACAUGGGUUGAAAAGGAGUUGGCCGUCUCGUGUAAUAUACUGCGAUCAAUGCACGACAGGAGCGUCUCCAGACCUUGACUAUGAGGGAGGGGGGAAUAACUAAAAUUAAUACUAAUGAUUGGAAAGAAAAAAAGACGGACUUAAAACAGUUAUACUAAUUAUAGGGAUUUGUGGUAUCUAAUUUAGUAUUUAGAUAAAAAAAACCAUUUAAAAUUUUAAAAGACAUACAUCGCACAACAUGCAGCUACUCUUGUUGGUGAGAAGUUAGGAAUAUAGGAUAUAGAAGGGAAAUUAAUUUGUAUCUGUAACUAUAAGCAACAAUAUACCAUUGUUUACUAAAAACGAUUCUGAGCGGAAUUCAGUUGAAAGUGAUGCUUUGUCAACAAUAUGUAUGUCAUAUUAUGGUAAAG